AUGACAGUUGCUUUAGAUUCUGGGGUCAGUUCAAAAAAGAUUCACUCAAAAAACACGAAAUGCUGUUGGAUACAUCCUGGAAGUAGUUCAAAAUACGACUGUGAGUCAAUGGACCUUCAUGGUGGAUUGCCUGUCACAUUAGAACCGUUAAAGAAAGGAGACAUUACGUAUCUUUUCACAAACCUAUACCCACUGGAUAGAGUUGGUCAGUGUGUAUUUCAUCUGUGGCAUGGUAAAAACAGAAUCGCUCAUACAAUACGUUUUAAUACAACUUACAUACCCGAGGAGCAAGAAUCGUGGCUUGGAUCACUCUACAAAACGGUUCUUGGUGAAGUAAAGAAAGUAAAAGUUUGCGAUACAAUGGAUCUGGACCCAAGACGAAGAUGCAAACCUGUAAACUGUGUUCAAAAAUACAACGGCAAGAGAAAUUUCUUCAGAAAGGAGACAAAAUUAUGCGAACCAGUUCAUGAAUGUUACACAAGCAAGGAUGACGAAGGGUUACCUACAACGGCGUUUGAUAAAGAUCACAAUAAAUGCAAAAGCUUAAUUCAGAAAGAACUGACUACGGAUGAAGAGCGAGAUCUAAAAGCCAACGUUGAAAGUCAUAUGGAGGCAUCUCAGAGAGCAAGAUUCAAGAAUAUUGGCCCCUCGGAUCCUAUUCCGGUCCGUUGUAAUCACGGUAAGCGUGUUGGUGACAUUUGUGUUUGUGAUGAUGGUUGGAAAACAGACACCUCAAACGUACCAUUAGGUGAUCCAAAGUUCGUUUACAACUGGUGUAAUGUUAGGACAAGAAAGAAACCUUUAUUGCCUUACAAACAACAGAAGCGUUUCAUGAUUGCCGGUCUUUCUCUAACGAGUAUCACUCUGCUUGUCACCUGGUUAUGGAUGAUAUAUCGCUAUGUUUACCCGGAAUCCCAGGAGAGGCAACACAUAAAACAACCGCCUCAUGGCAAUAGACAUGCUUUGAAGAAAACCAAUCUCUUUGCCCCAAGUAAACUGUUCAAUGAGCUGGUUGAUAAAGGCGGAAAAUUUAGGAAGAAACGAAUGAUGGCCGGGCUUAGAACUGGUAACAAUGAUGCAAUCGAUGGUAAUACGAUCCAAAAGGGAAGAAGUGGAGUAUCUUACAUAAAGAGUUUUGCAAGAAAUCUUAUGUCAUUCCGCUCUCUUGUAAAAAAGAAAAGCAAUGUGACCACCUCAGGUCUCGAUAUUGAAACAAAGCUUCCUUUACUUCAACAAUCUUCUCUUGACGAUGGUGGUUGCGUAUCUGAUGACGCAUCAAUGGUGGUUCAGUAUGGAAGCAAUGUCGUACAAGGCACUAGUCAUAUAUCCCUCCCUGAGGACGUCGUUGCACAAGAAUCUCUAUCCAGCCAGAUAUCAGGAGUAAGAUCCAAAAGAAAGAUUUCUAAAGCUUCUAGUAAACACCGCAGCAGCUGCUUGCCUGCUCAGACAUCGCCUGCUGAAAUCCAAUCCAUUCCUGAAGAGGUGGUUACACAAGAAUCUCUAUCCAGCCAGAUAUCAGGAGAAAGAUCCAAAAGAAAGAUAUCUAUAGCUUCUAGUAAACAUCGUAGCAGCCCCUUGCCUGCUCAGACAUCGCCUGCUGAAAUCCUAUCCAUUCCUGAAGAAGUGGUUACACAAGAAUCUCUCUCUACCCAGUUAUCACAAGAAAGAUCCAAAAGAAAGAUAUCUAUAGCUUCUAGUAAACAUCGCAGCAGCUCCUUGCCUGCUCAGACAUCUCUAACUGCUAACACCAUAAUGUACCAACCAAGGAGUUAUUCUCUACCAGGUCAAACCAGUAGUCAAUAUAAAGGUGCAGUGAAAGAGUCUGGCAUGAUUGUAGCCACUCGCACAACACGCGCUGGCUCUAUAUACACUCUCGCUGGCCCACAACUCAUGCAAAAACGUGUGUCACCACCUGUAGUGGAACCCACCUCUGACUCUGAUUAAUAUUUCAUGGGGAUGAAUAAGCAGUAUGUAUGUUACCAAAGCCAUUCAGUUU